UCAUUUUCGUUUCUCUUUCUUUACCGUUUCGAUAUCGAAAGACUUCUUUUUUAACUAUUUUUCCCCUUCUCUUUCUUCAUUCUUUCUCUGUACAAUCAAGAAUCUCUCAGUUCCGAGCUUCGCUGGUCUAUCUCUCACUACUCUUCCCUGAUAUCUUUGAAUGUAUAUAUUAUAAAUGGGUUUUAUAAUUAUGGGAUCAUAAUGCGCGUAAAGGAAAUGCACCCUUUAUGCUGCAUUUCUUUGGAGAGUCCGGCGAUCGGGGACGGGACGCCGGAGCCGAUCCUGUUGAGAACUGGGUCGGUACUGAAUUUAUCCGGCGGUGGAUCUGACUUCAAUGCUGGGGGAUCUGAUGUCAGUAGUAGCAGUAGUGUAGCCGGGAUCCUCUACAAGUGGACUAAUUACGGCAAGGGAUGGCGAUCCCGGUGGUUCACCCUCCGUAGCAAUGGCGUUCUAUCCUACUCCAAGACCCGCAGGCCGGAAACCGUCUACGGCUGCGAAGACGUCGUUUUCAUCGGUCACGUCAAGGCCCCCUCUAAUUCCGGCACCGUCAACAUCCGCGGAAAACACAGCAAAACGGUUGGAACUGUCCAUUUAAAGGUCUCAUCAUUUCGUGAGAGUAAAUCAGACGAUAGGCGGUUUUACAUAAUUACAGCUACAAAGACACUUUACUUGAGGACUAAUACGAAGAAAGAAAGAGCGGCAUGGACACAAGCUUUGAUUUCAACAAGAAGCCCAAUGAAUGAGAACAUCCCCCUUUUAACUAGGAAUUUAUCGAUAUCAACUGAAAGGCUAAAGCAUCGCUUGCUCGACGACGGCAUUGGAGAGGGUCUUGUGAAGGACUGUGAACAGAUCAUGCUCUCUGAAUUUUCGGAAAUUCAAGAUCAAUUUAAAGUCAUUUGUGAAGAGCGAUGCGAGUUGCUGGACACAUUAAGACAGUUAGAGGCAGCCAAUGUUGAACCUGAAGCCUCUGGAAUUAAUGAUGGGGAACACCAAUUAAUGAAACAGGAGCAUUCGAAUCUAGCACGUGGAAAGUUUAGUGAAUGGAGCACUACAGAAUCAUCGGAUGAUGUUGACAAACAAGAGCUUGAGGAGGCAUCAGAUGAAGAGGAACCCCACUUCUUCGACACAAACGAAUAUUUUUUUGAACCAACUAUUAGUUGUGAAUCAGUCGACAUAGUUCACAUGGAUUCUUGGGCAAGAUCCAAAAAUCAAAUUGACAAUGUGAACAAGGGGAACACAAAGAACAAUGUAUUUGGUUCUAGAUACCCACAAAUUGAAAGAAGAAAAAGGUUACCAGAUCCAGUUGAGAAAGAGAAAGGCACCAGUUUAUGGUCUAUAAUCAAAGACAACAUUGGGAAAGAUCUUACACAAGUUUGUCUCCCUGUAUACUUCAAUGAGCCAAUAUCAUCCCUGCAGAAGUGUUUCGAAGAUUUAGAGUAUUCUUAUCUUUUGGAUAGGGCAUACGAGCACGGUAAAGCGGGGAAUGAUCUUUUGAGAAUAUUAUAUGUUGCUGCUUUUGCUGUCUCUGGAUAUGCUUCGUCGGAAGGCCGUCACUGUAAACCCUUCAAUCCUUUACUGGGAGAAACUUAUGAAGCAGAUUAUCCUGAAAAAGGAAUUCGCUUCUUCUCUGAGAAGGUCAGUCACCACCCAACGGUCAUUGCAUGUCACUGUGAAGGUAAAGGCUGGAAAUUCCAGGCUGACAGUAAUCUUAAAUCAAAAUUCUGGGGGAGAUCAAUUCAACUCGAUCCCGUUGGAAUCCUUACUUUAGAAUUUGAUGACGGAGUGAUCUUUCAGUGGAGCAAGGUCACAACAAGCAUCUACAAUCUAAUCCUUGGUAAUAUAUAUUGUGAACACCAUGGAACAAUGUAUAUAAGAAGUAAUCGGCACUACUCGUGCAAGCUCAAAUUCAAGGAGCAGUCUAUUUUUGAACGCAAUCCUCACCAGGUUAAUGGAUUUGUUGAAGAUAUCACUGGGAAAAAGGUUGCUACAUUAUUUGGGAAGUGGGAUGACAGCAUGUAUUAUAUAAAUGGAGAGGGCACUGGCAAGGUGAAAGAUAAGUAUGAUGAAUCUUUAUUGUGGAAAAGGAAUAAGCCACCUUCAAAUAUCACUCGCUACAAUUUAACUUCUUUUGCGAUAACGCUAAAUGAGUUGACGCCGGGACUGAAGGAAAAGCUUCCACCGACAGACUCUAGACUGAGACCAGACCAACGUUAUCUAGAGAAUGGGGAAUAUGACAAGGCAAAUUCAGAGAAGUUGCGACUGGAAAUGCGACAGAGAAUGUCAAGGAAAUUACAAGAAAAUGGUUGGCAGCCCAGAUGGUUCCAAAGAGAUUGCAAAGACGGAUCUUUCCGGUAUGUGGGUGGAUACUGGGAAGCCCGAGAGCAGGGAAAGUGGGAUAGAUGCCCAAAUAUAUUUGGCGAGAUUAGUGAAGGCCCCAACUCCUUUGAAAAUUCCUGAUUUCUAAAACGGAAGCAGAAAAGCCUUGGAGGACAUGCUAUAAACAGACAGAAAAGACGCCUUUUGUUUCUCCCAGUAUAUUGGUUAUCAUUCUAUGCAGUCGAAAAAUUGUAGAUCCCCGACAUUUGUAUCAAUUCCUAGGUAGGCCAUGAUAUAGCAUACGAAAAUUACGUUGCUACGUGAUAUUAUCUGUUGUAUGAAGAGAUCAAUGUAAUAAUAACUCAUAAUUCAUUACAAUUUUCGGCUAUGCAGGCUCAGCUAAACAUUUUCUUUCUAGGUAGUUAUUUUUA